AUGGAUCUGAAAAGGCGUAUAUUGUUACUUUUGCUACUGUUCUCGGUUCAAUUUAUUUGCUUGGUGAAGGGGAAUGUUGUAUUUAAAGUUCAACAUAAAUUCGGAGGGCGUGGGCUGGGGAGAUCAGCACUUAAUGCAUUUCGGGCGCAUGAUUCGUUCCGGCACGGCAGAAUGCUGGGGGCGGUUGAUUUGCCUUUAGGCGGCAACGGCCAGCCCACGGACGCUGCGCUCUAUUACACUAAACUUUCAAUCGGAAAUCCUUCCAAUGACUAUCACGUCCAGGUCGAUACAGGAAGUGACAUUCUGUGGGUGAAUUGUGUUGGCUGUGACAAGUGUCCUACGAAAAGCGACCUUAAAAUAGCUUUGAAGCAGUAUGACUUGAAGGCCUCCUCGACUGGAAAGGCAGUUACUUGCGAUCAAGAUUUUUGCUCUGCUAUGUUUAAUGGCCCAUCUUCAGAUUGCAAGGUGGGAGCACUCUGUGACUAUGCUGUUACUUAUGGAGAUGGGAGCAGAACAGAGGGAUAUUUCGUUAGAGAUUACAUCAAACUUGAUGAAGUGACUGGAAACCUUCAAACCUCAUCCAUGAAUGGGUCCAUAGCAUUUGGGUGCUCAUCUAAACAAUCUGGAGAGUUAGGUUCAUCUUCUGAAGCUGUUGACGGGAUUCUUGGUUUUGGACAAGCAAAUACAUCCGUGCUUUCGCAGCUUGCUUCGUCUGGGAAAGUGAAGAAAAUAUUUUCACAUUGCCUGGAUGGUGUCAACGGAGGUGGCAUAUUUGCAAUUGGACAGUUGGUGCAGCCAAAAGUAGAAUCAACACCUUUAGUCCCAAAUGAGGCACAUUAUAAUGUUAUUAUGAAGUCAAUUGAGGUGGGUGGUGAUUCUCUAGACCUUCCAACAGAUUUGUUUGGCACGGGUUCUCAGAGAGGGACUAUAAUUGAUAGUGGUACAACCUUGGCCUAUCUUCCAGAUGAGAUCUAUGAACCACUUAUGGGAAAGGUGAUGGCACGGCAACCUAAUCUAAAAACUCAAAUAGUUGAGCAGCAGUUCAAAUGCUUUGAUUACAGUGGCAAUGUUGAUAAUGGAUUUCCAUAUGUCACUUUUCAUUUUGAGGGCUCACUUACUUUGACGGUUUAUCCCCAUGAAUAUCUAUUCAAAAUUAGUGAUGAGGAGUGGUGUAUUGGUUGGCAGAGCAGUGGAAUGCAAACUAAGGAUGGAAAGGAAAUAACCCUGUUGGGAGAUAUUGUCUUAUCAAACAAGCUUGUUGUGUAUGAUCUCGAAAAUCAGACCAUUGGAUGGACAGAACAUAACUGCUCUUCGAGCAUUAAAGUGAGGGACGAAAAGUCGGGAAACAGUUAUACCGUUGGCGCCCAUGAUAUUUCUUCUUCUAGCAUUCUGAGUAGAGGAAAUGUGCUACCUUAUGCCGUCUCCGGCACAGCUCCAAAAGGCUCAUUAGUGAGUAGUCUUCCUGGAUUCAAUGGCGGUUUCCCUUCGAAACACUACGCAGGGUAUGUGAAACUUGUUGAUAGAGAUGGUCGUCCUCCCAAAAAUAUCUAUUACUACUUUGUUUCAUCGGAAAGAAAUCCAACAACUAAUCCAGUCGUUCUUUGGCUCAAUGGUGGACCUGGUUGCUCUGGUUUUGAUGGCUUUGUCUAUGAGCAUGGGCCAUUCAAUUUUGGUGCAGUAAAAAAAGGUGGGGGAUUGCCAACUUUGCAUCUCAAUCCCUAUAGUUGGUCUAAGGUAUCAAACAUUAUCUAUUUGGAUUCUCCGACGGGUGUUGGAUUCUCGUAUUCUGCGAACACAUCCAAAUACAAAACUGGAGACUUACAGACUGCACUUGAUACUCAUAAUUUUCUCCUUAAGGGUUACAUGAUUGGAAAUGGGUUGUGUGAUGAUACUUUUGAUGGGAAUGCUCUUGUUCCAUUCUCACAUGGGAUGGGCCUGAUUUCAGACCAUUUGUUUAAGGAAGCUGAAGUUGGAUGCAAUGGAAACUACAAUAAUAACGAGAAAGAUUGUGAGUUUGCAAAAAAAAAAAUUGACAAGGUUUUAGAUGAUCUAAACAUUUAUGACAUUCUUGAACCAUGCUACCAUAGCCAUUCAGGAGCAAAUGAAAAUACAAGUAGCAAGUUGCCAGAAAGCUUCAAGCAGUUAGGAAUGUCAUCUGGUAAACCACUUCCAGUUAGGAAGAGAAUGUUUGGCCGAGCCUGGCCAUUCCGGGCGCCAGUCAAGGCUGGAAUUAUUCCGUUGUGGCCAGAAUUAAUGGAUAACCACCUCCCUCCAUGUACUGACGACAGUGUAGCAAGAGUAUGGCUGAAUAACAAGGAAGUUAGAAAGGCUAUACACGCUGAUCCUGAGAGUGGAGAAUGGAACCUAUGCACAUCCAGAAUUAGCUAUAACAAUGACGCUGGAAGCAUGAUUAGCUACCACAAAAACUUAACUGCUCGUGGAUACAGAAUACUUAUAUAUAGUGGAGAUCAUGAUAUGUGUGUUCCAUUCACUGGAACUCAAGCAUGGACAGAGUCAUUGGGAUACAAAGUGGUGGAUGAAUGGAGGCCCUGGGAAACUAAUGGACAAGUUGCAGGGUUUAUUCAGGGAUAUGCUCAUAACUUCACAUUCCUUACCAUCAAGGGAGCGGGACAUACUGUACCUGAGUACAAGCCACAAGAAUCGCUGUAUUUUUAUAGCCGUUGGCUACAAGGCAAAACAAUAUGA